AUGGUGUUGAUGGAAAUCACACCAUCCUCAAAGCCUCAUCCACCUGUUGUGGGCAGAGUGACUCAUCACAGCAUUGAAUUAUACUGGGAUCUGGAAAAGAAAGCAAAACGGCAGGGACCUCAAGAUCAAUGGUUGAGGUUCUCGAUCGAGGAAGAAGACCCCAAAACGCACACUUACGGUAUCAUUUAUACGGGAUAUGCGACAAAGUAUGUUGUGGAGGGUCUGGAACCACGCACGCUGUACAGAUUUCGGCUGAAGGUCACCAGCCCCUCUGGAGAAUAUGAGUACAGCCCGGUGGUCUCGGUAUCUACGACCAGAGAACCCAUAAGUAAUGAGCACUUUCAUCGAGCUGUCAGUGUGAAUGAUGAAGAUUUGCUGGUUCGAAUACUUCAAGGAGGAAACGUUAAGGUGGAUGUUCCCAAUAAGUUUGGCUUUACCGCCCUGAUGGUCGCUGCCCAGAAAGGAUAUACCAGGCUUGUGAAAAUCCUCGUUUCUAAUGGCACGGAUGUGAAUCUGAAGAACGGGAGUGGCAAGGACAGUCUGAUGCUUGCGUGCUAUGCGGGACACCUGGAUGUGGUGAAAUAUCUCCGAAGACACGGUGCUUCUUGGGAGACCAGAGACCUAGGAGGCUGUACGGCUCUGCACUGGGCCGCGGACGGAGGCCACUGCAACGUGAUCGAGUGGAUGAUAAAAGAUGGCUGUGAGGUAGACUCUGCGGACACGGGCUCGGGAUGGACCCCGCUCAUGAGGGUGUCUGCGGUCUCAGGAAACCAGAAGGUAGCCUCUCUGCUGAUCGAAGCGGGAGCGGAUGUGAACAUGAAGGAUAAAGACGGAAAGACCCCUCUAAUGGUGGCCGUGUUGAAUAAUCACGAGGAGUUAGUCCAGUUACUUCUUGAUAAAGGGGCAGACGCAAGUGUAAAAAAUGAGUUCGGCAAAGGUGUCCUAGAAAUGGCCAGAGUUUUUGACAGACAGAACGUGGUCUCCUUAUUAGAAGAAAGGAAAAGAAAACAAAUGGCGAAGAAGCCCUCUGUCUGCUGAGCCGGGCCCCACGUAGCC